GUUUUUGUUGGAGGAGCAGAGAUGUCUUGUCCAGUUCAGCUGCUCCUUGCAGAAUCUGCCGUGCACGGAGGAGGCUGUGCCACAACUCGCACUGGGGUGGUCUGACGGAGGUGUCUGCCUGCAGGAUGCCAUAGGCUCCCCCUAGAUCACUGGUUAAAGAUCCGUCGAGGGGACUUUUAGGGACCGCUCUGCGUGCUAAAGGGGAUCAACUCCCUGGGGGAAAUUGGUCCCAGCACGAGGAUACAAUAACAUGUUUUGGCACCGUGGGAGCUGUCGCCAUCGACUGUAAUGAACUUUCAAGCGAGGCUCUUUGCUAGCUGCGGAGUCAGGAUGCUGCCUCAGCCCUGGCGUCUCUUCUCUCGGGCUGCAGAGGAUAUGACGUUACAAAGGAUCCGGAAGGUCCUGUGCGUGGCUGAGAAAAAUGAUGCUGCCAGAGGAAUUGCAGAUCUUCUCUCCAACAGCAGAAUGCGAAGGAGAGAAGGGUUUUCCAAGUUCAACAAGAUCUACGAGUAUGACUACCAAAUGUUUGGCCAGAAUGUUACUAUGGUGAUGACAUCCGUGUCAGGACAUUUGCUGGCUCAUGAUUUUAAGUUGCCUUUUCGCAAAUGGCAUAGCUGCAACCCUCUAGCACUUUUUGAUGCCGAAAUUGAGAAGUAUUGUCCUGAAAAUUAUGUGGAUAUUAAGAGAACCCUCGAACGAGAAGUCCAGCAAUGCCAAGCUCUGGUGAUCUGGACUGAUUGCGAUCGAGAAGGAGAGAACAUUGGUUUUGAAAUAAUUCACGUUUGCAAAGCCGUAAAACCAAACCUCCGGGUUUUCCGAGCUCGUUUUUCAGAGAUUACGCUUCAUGCUGUCAGAUCAGCCUGCGAGAAUCUCACCCAGCCGGAUCAAAAAACUAGCGAUGCUGUUGAUGUCAGGCAGGAGCUGGACCUCAGGAUAGGUGCUGCCUUCACCAGAUUCCAGACAUUGAGGCUCCGGAAGAUUUUCCCUGAUGUUCUAGCAGAUCAGCUGAUCAGCUAUGGCAGUUGCCAGUUCCCAACACUGGGGUUUGUAGUUGAACGCUUUAAAGCCAUCCAGGCCUUCGUUCCUGAAGCUUUCUAUAAAAUCAAAGUGACACAUGAACAUGAGGAUAGCACUGUGGUCUUCAACUGGAAGAGGAAUAGACUCUUCAAUCACACAGCAUGCCUGGUCCUUUACCACAUGUGUAUGGAGGAUCCUGUAGCCACUGUUGUUGAGGUUGCAAGCAAGCCGAAGAGCAAAUGGAGGCCUCUGCCCCUGGACACUGUGGAACUUGAGAAGCUGGCUUCCCGUAAACUGAAAAUAAAUGCCAAAGAAACCAUGAGAAUAGCAGAAAAACUCUACACUCAAGGGUUCAUAAGCUAUCCCCGAACUGAGACCAACAUUUUCCCCAAGGAGCUGAACCUCUCUGCCUUGGUACAACAGCAGACACAGGACCCAAACUGGGGAGCAUUUGCACAGAGGAUUUUGGAUCAGGGUGGGCCAACCCCUCGGAGCGGAACCAAAUCAGAUCAGGCUCACCCUCCCAUUCAUCCCACCAAAUACACUGCUAACCUGCAGGGGAAUGAGCAGAGACUAUAUGAAUUCAUUGUGCGCCAUUUUUUGGCUUGCUGCUCUCAAGAUGCCAAGGGACAGGAAACAACUGUGGAGAUCGACAUCGCUAAAGAGCGAUUCAUUGCUCAAGGACUAAUGAUCUUGGCCCGAAACUAUCUGGAAGUCUAUCCUUAUGAGAAGUGGAGUGAUAAGGUUAUCCCAGUGUAUCAGAAAGGGUCUCGCUUUCAGCCCACCACAGUGGAGAUGGUGGAUGGGGAAACCAGCCCUCCAUCACUCCUCACCGAAGCGGAUCUCAUUGCGCUCAUGGAGAAACAUGGCAUUGGGACUGACGCCACUCACGCCGAGCACAUUGAGACCAUUAAGCUGCGGAUGUACGUGGGCCUUACUGCAGAUCAGAGGUUCCUUCCAGGCCACCUGGGCAUGGGGCUGGUGGAAGGCUAUGAUUCCAUGGGCUACGAGAUGUCCAAGCCUGACCUUCGAGCUGAGCUGGAGGCUGAUCUGAAGCUGAUCUGUGAGGGGAAGAAAGACAAACUUGCAGUUUUGCAGCAGCAGGUCCAAAAGUACAAGCAAGUCUUCAUUGAGGCUGUGGCUAGAGCCAACAAAUUGGAUCAAGCCCUGGCUCAGUACUUUGGACAAGCCACAGAAAUUGCAGAGCAAGAGGAAGUCUACCCAGCAAUGCCUGUUUCCAUUCGGAAGUGCCCACAGUGCAACAAUGAUAUGGUCCUGAAGACCAAGAAAAAUGGCGGGUUUUAUCUCAGCUGCAUGGGCUAUCCAGCUUGUAAAACUGCAGUCUGGUUUCCUGACUUUGUGCUGGACGUAGCUAGGGAUGAGAGUGUCUGCGCUGUGUGCAAACCCCAUCCAGUUCACAGACUGAAAUUUAAGUUCAAGAGAGGCAGUGUCCCACCCAUGAUGCCCCUGGAGUUUGUUGGCUGUAUUGGAGGCUGUGAUGAGAUGCUAAGAGAGCUCUUGGACCUGAAAUACUUGCACAGGUCAUCCCAACCUGUGUGCUCAGCCAGCCAACAAGCUCAUCACUCGCAGGCCAACCACUCCUUUAACAGAGGGGCUGGUGGUGAAAACAGGCACGUGAAGAGGACCACAAACCUGUCAUCAGGACACCUUCUAUCCUUGAGUUCAACAAGAGCACCCAGGCCUGCGCCGUCUGUGGCUCCAGACGAUGGGAACAACGCAGUGAUGUGCAACUGUGGGAACGAAGCAGUGCUGCUAACUGUGCGCAAAGAAGGGCCCAAUCAAGGCAGGCAGUUUUACAAAUGCAGUGCCAGUACCUGCAACUUUUUCCUCUGGGCUGAUCAGCAGUCAGAGGACAGAGGCAACACAGCUCCGCCAGGCUCCGUGCCGCCCCGGCCCUUUGCGGGAAGGGGCCCAGCAGGCUUUCAGAGCCCAGGAGGAGGGAGAGGCCCAGAGCUCUUUGGAAGCAACAGCUCCGAUUCAGGAGGUGGGGGUGGCACAGUCUGCAAGUGUGAUCAGCCAGCUGUCACGCGCACCGUCCAAAAGGAUGGGCCUAACAAAGGACGGCAGUUCCACACCUGCUCUAAACCCAGAGACCAGCAAUGUGGCUUCUUCCAGUGGGCAGACGAAAACAUGGCACCAGGAGCUUCUGGAGAUUCUUUGAACCAUUUUGGGAACAGUGGAUACUCAAGAGAGUUUGGAAGUAAAGCUAAGAGACCAAGUAGUCUCUCCUUAGCGGCCACUGCCAAGAAACCUCGGACCUGUAGCAUUUGCCGUCAGCCUGGCCACACCAGGAAAACUUGCCCUCAAGACCACUGAGCCCUGGAUGGACAUCUCUUGAGAAUCUGAAAAGUCUAGGAUUGCAAGCUGCUAUGGCAGCAAUUACUCCUGAAAGGAACUAGAUUCUAGAAGCUGGUCUGUGUUGAGUGCUUUCUGGAAGGGCUGGCGGUUGUCGGCUCCUGCCAAGGGAUAGCACGCAGUAUGAGCCUGGGCAGCAAGCGUCAAACCGGCUUUGAAAGGUGGCUCCAUUACUGGUGUCAGCCUGUGGUUUCAGCUGUUCUUCCACUGAGUCGAUCAGGAUACUCUAAACAUUUCAAGGAAGCAUUUGGAAACAAUGCAGGAAAAACAGCACUGGAUCUACGUGCAGCUCCCACAGUGGUGGUUGCUUCAGGCAGCCUUUCUACAUGAGCAAGAGCCAGUUCUUAGCCACUGGGACAGCCACCAGGGCUGCUUGGUUCUUCUCAAUCCCUGGCUUUCCACAGUGUGGAAUUUUAUUUCAAGUUGCCCUUCUAAGUUGAGGUUAUCUGGGCAAUGUUCCCCUUUCUUUCUUGUCACAGUCCAGUACCUUCCUUACCCUGGGCGUCCCUGCCCAAGAAGCCAGGUGCAGAGAAGACAGAUCUGGUGCUGGCCCUGAAAGGGAAGCUCAGCUGAAGCAGUCAGAAAGAGCCUUCAUUUUAGACAGCUCCCAAAUUUGAAACUAAGUUCUUCCGCAAGCAUUGAGAUAUGCCUAUAUGAUGCUGCUAGUUAAUGGAAGUUAUUUUGGUCAAACUAAUAAGCUUAUUAUUAAAAGACGAUUUUAUUUUAACUUUUGUUACAGUGAAUCACUCUUAGCUCUGCCUUGUUACUUCUUCAUACUUAAAAUAGUUGAGCUAUUACUAUAAAAGCAUCCACCCAAAUUUUGCUCUUUCCAUUCACUCACUCAUUGGAACAACAUAAGAGCUGUCUUGGCAAAAAUUCCCUGUGGCUUUAUUUAGAAGUGAGCUGCAGAAGGGUAGAGGAGGAGAGUGGUUUAUUACCUUCAUCUGUUGUAGGGUUGCUGUCCAGGGAAAGACGGACAACUGGCUGAACCUGAAGAGAGAUCCCCCUCCGCCCCCAACUCCCUUCAGUUAGUUUAGACUGAACUCCUGCAGAGAGCCAAGCUACCUCCUCCCUCCCUAUGUGGGCUUCCUUUGUACAUCAAAGCCAGUAGAACCACAAAACUCCCUAUAUCUCCUCUGCUGGAGUUCAGCGUUCAUCUUUUCCCAUAUUGCCUCUGGUGCUGCUAAAGACACCUCCAGCAACCCUGCUCCUUCCUGAGCACAGAGCAAUUCCUAUGGGUCAGUACUAAGGUGCAGUGAGACACAUGCAGCAGCCAGGGUGGGCAAGAGGCUGAAGCACUUUCUAGAGGGUACCUUGAAGGAGGGGAGAUCAUAGUAGCACAGGGGUUCUCUUCAAAGACCGCACGAGCGAGAAGAGCACCGUUAACUUUGCAACAGUAGUUUGCUAUCAAGCACCAGUCUCUGGCAUAAGGUCAGGAGAACCCAUGUUCCAUUUUAUGGUACCCUCACUCCCACUAUUAACAGCUGUAGCCUAAAAAUACAGGCCUGCUGGCUAAAAUAACAGGAUUAAGAGGCUUUGUAAUGCAAUAUAGAGCUGACUAAAGCAUGGCAGAAGCCUGGGCAGCAGUUUCCUAACAGCAACAGCAGUAGAAAGAAAGCGUUUGCAUAGCACAUAGGCAGCACAUUAAGUGUUGUUGCUAGCAUUAGCUGUUACCAGAUUUACUGGUUUAAACUUGGUUAGCAUUGAGACAGCUGAGCAGUUCAAGCCAUUAGCUAAAUGGCAUGAACUCAGCAUUCAGAGAGACCGUGCACCAGAGUCAGGCACUCUGCAAGCAGGCAGGGCCGCUGGAGCACUAGACGUUUCAUGCAAUAGUUUGUAAUAGAAGGAAAAAGGCCUUGCACAACGGUCUGAACGCUGCCAAGCUCUCUGCGUAGGGGGAGGGCUGCCUGGGACAGCUCUGUGCUGUUCUCGGGCAUGCUACCACAACAAGAGGUUCGCUUCAGCCCUUAUCAUGAGAAAGGGGACAAAACCGAGAGCUGACACGAGAACUAUUAUACACAGUGAAGGUUUAUUCUCAUCACUAACACUUGGGACCUGAUUUGGAGGAACAAAACUAAGUAAUCUUCAGCCUGGAGGAAAAGCACAGGUUUUUCCUCUUACAAACAAGAUAGAUAGCUGUAAAGAAAACUAAACCGCAGUAGGUGUUCACAUUGAAGUCCACAGGAUUUCUCCAUCUCUACCAGAGUGCAAAACCAGCAUAAUUCUUCCAUUAAACUUAAGAAUAUAUUCCUUAGCACUUGGUUUAGAGCCAGAACCAAAGUCCAUUAGCAGCCACUCAGAAAAAAAAAACCAAAAACCACCCAAACAAAACAUACCUUCUUAAUAAAAA